GUGUGUCUGGUGUUGAUAAAGAUGAAGUGUCAUUGAUGGAAGAAGAUUCAAUCACUCUACACACUGGUGUUAAAACAAACCAACAAGAAAAAAUUAAAUGGUAUUUUAAUGACAUUCGAAUAGCUCAAAUCAGUGUAGACCAGAGUAAGAUCUGUACAGAUGUUCAGUGUAAAAAAGGUGAUGAGAGAUUCAGAGGCAGGUUGAAGCUGGACAAACAGACUGGAUCUCUGACCAUCAUAAACAUCAGGACCUCAGAUGCUGGACUUUAUAGACUACAGAUCAUCAACAGCAGAAGCAGCAACAUGAAGAGAUUCAGUGUUGCUGUCGCUAAUUCAUCUGGUGUUGGUACAGAUGAGGUGUCAGCAUAUGUGAUGGAGGGAGAUUCAAUCAUUCUAAAUACUAAUGUUAAAACAAACCUACAAGAAAGGAUUAAAUGGUUUUUUAAAGACAUCCGCAUAGCUCGAAUCAAUGGAGAUCUCAGUAAGGUCUGUACAGAUGACCAGUGUAAUAAAGGUGCUGAGAGAUUCAGAGACCGACUGAAGCUGGACAAUCAGACUGGAUCUCUGACCAUCAUGAACAUCAGCACCACAGACUCAGGACUUUAUGAACUAGAGAUCAUCAGUGACAGAAUCAGCAUCAUGAAGCACUUCAGUGUUGUUGUUCAAGGAGUUUCUGCUGCUGAUCGAGAUAAAAUGAGAAGAAAGUCAGUGAAGGAGGGAGAAUCUGUCACUUUAGAAUUUGGUGAAAUAAAAAAAACAAAUCAUUCGAUGGCGUGGUAUUUUAAUGACACUCUCAUCGCUGAAAUCAGUGAAGAUUCAAGUGAAAUCUGUACAGAUGAUGAGUGUAAAGAGAGAUUUAGAGACAGACUGAAGCUGGAUCAUCAGACUGGAUCUCUGACCAUCACAAACACCAGAACCACAGACUCGGGACUUUAUCAACUACGAAUCAGCAGAAUCAGAUUCACCAUCAUUAGAAGCUUCAUUGUUAAUGUCACUGCUGUUCUAGCAGGAAUAUAUGCUCCUGUUGCU